GUGUAGGUCUACCAUCCAUCUCUCACCGCGAGGAAGGGAAGUCAGUGGAAGAAAUAGCGCAUCCUCAAGCAAAAGAACAGAAUGGUGGUCAGGAUGAGAGAUCUGUGGUGCUUCCUGAUCCCACUACUAGUGCUAGCUGGGUCCUCGCUGCAAAUCGACGUGAAAGGUGGAAAAGAAACAGAAAAUGCUGGGAAUGUCAUGGAGGAUGAGCAAUGGCUGUCCACCAUUUCCCAGUACAGCCGCAAGAUCAAGCACUGGAACCGCUUCAGAGACGAAGUGGAGGAUGAUUAUAUUCGUACGUGGGAUGACAGACAGGGCUCAGAUGAAACUGUGGACACCACCAAGGACCCCUGCCAGAAAGUGAAGUGCAGCAGACACAAGAUCUGCAUCACCCAGGGCUAUCAGAAAGUCAUGUGCGUCAACCGCAAGAAGCUGGAGCACAGAAUCAAAGAACCUGCCGUGAAGCUCAAUGAAAUCAGCUGCAAGCCGUGUCCAGUGUCUGUUUCUGCCCCAGUGUGUGGGUCUGACGGGCACAACUAUGCCUCUCAGUGUAAACUGGACCAGCAGGCCUGCUUGAGUGGAAAGCAGCUGAAUGUGAAAUGCACAGGACAGUGCCCCUGUACCACAGAGCCCACCACAACGCCAGACACGGACGCCAAACACGAGAGCUGCACAGGACAGGACCUGGCUGACCUGGGUGAUCGCCUCCGAGACUGGUUCCAGCUUCUGCAUGAGAAUGCCAAGCAGAACAGCUCAGGAAAGCCAGGAGCGAGCACAGUGUCUGUGUUGGAUAAGAGUCUUGUGGCUAGCUGCAAGGAUUCCAUUGGCUGGAUGUUUUCCAAACUGGACACCAACAACGACUUAUUCCUAGACCAGUCUGAACUGGCAGCCAUUAACCUGGACAAGUACGAGAUCUGCAUACGACCUUUCUUCAAUUCGUGUGACACGUACAAAGAUGGAGAAGUCUCUACUGCAGAGUGGUGCUUCUGCUUCUGGAGGGAAAAACCACCUUGUCUAGCUGAGCUGGAGAGAAUACAGGUACAAGAGGUGGCCAAAAAGAAACCAGGGAUGUACAUUCCAAAUUGCGAUGAGGAUGGAUAUUACAGGAAGCUGCAGUGCGAUCAGAGCAAGGAGGAGUGCUGGUGUGUGGACCAGCAUGGCGGCGAGCUGGCAGGGUCACGUAUCCACGGCAACCCAGACUGUGAUGAGCUAGUUGGAUAUUCGGGAGAUUUCGGAAGCGGGGUUGGAUGGGAGGAUGAGGAGGAGAAGGAGGCAGAAGAAAAUGCCGAAGAGGCAGAGGAGGAGGAAGGCGAGGCUGGAGAAGCCGAUGACGGGGGCUACAUAUGGUAGAAAACAGAAAACUUGAGUUAGCAAUAGAGUUAGAUUGGUGGCCAUGUUGGGAGGGCAGCUGGUGCUCACAGAAAGAAUGACUGGAACAAAAUUGCAGAAAGUUAACCACAUACAGUACAGCGUUGACUCUGAUAAAUAUGUUAGAAACUUUUUUUUUUUUUCAGUGUAAAAGGUUUUUCCAUUAUGCAGACUUUGACUUGCAUUUUAAACCUGACAUUUUCAUCUGAAAGCUGUCACAAAAACAAUGCUCACUAUCAUAAACUAUCCAGAGCAUCCCCUCUCUAUUCCACAGAAAUAUACAGUGGCUCUCAAAAGUAUUCACCCCCCCCUUGGACUUUUCCACAUUUUAUUGUGUUACAACAUGAAAU